UAGUAAAGCAAAUCGUACCCCACUUCUUCUUGGGCUCUACUGAGAAACGAAGCUUUUAACACACAAUCUAACUGCCGGGAUUUACCGAGCUCUGGUGAAUAUGGAGUGUUUUUUACGGAACUGUCAGUUUAUACUUAAGGGCACUCCCGAAAGUAGUCCUGGACUUCACGUUGUCCUGGGGAGUGAGGCCUGUGAUCUGGACUCCAUGGUGUCUUCCCUUGCUUUUGCAUACUUCCUCUCAAAGGUGUCUGGUACUGAGAAGAGCCCAGUCCCAGUGUUGAACAUCCCACGGGCUGAAUUCCCCCUGCACACGGACAGUGACUUCCUGUUGCGAGAAUGCGGCCUUACCCAGGAUGUCCUGGUGUUCCGAGACGAAGUUGACCUGCUGGGUUUUCACCAUGCUGGAAAGCUGGCCCUCACUCUGGUGGAUCAUAAUGCACUUCCCAGUACUGACUGUGACCUGCAGGGGGCAGUUGUGGAGGUGAUCGACCAUCACCAGCUGGAAAGCAGGCCUUCUUCCUCCUGUCUUGUUACCGUGGAGACUGUGGGCUCCUGUGCCACCUUAGUAACAGAGCGAAUUAUUCAGAAGGCCCCUGAAGUCCUAGACCAACAGCUGGCUCAGCUCUUAUAUGGCACCAUAAUCACAGACUGUGUGAACAUGGCACCAGAGGCUGGGAGGGUCACACCCAAGGACAGCAAGUAUGCCGUCCUUCUGGAAUCGCGUUUCCCAGGUCUGCCACCAAGGGGCGCCCUCUUCCAGUCCCUGCAGAAUGCCAAGUGUGAUAUUUCAGGUCUUACUACAGAGCAGAUGCUGGUGAAGGAUUUGAAAGUGGCAUCGGGGGAGGGUUUGAAACUGGCUGUUUGUGUGAUAUACAUGACACUCGAGGCUUUUCUCCAGAGGAGAGGCUUACAGCAAGAGCUGUGUGACUUCUGUCUCAAGCACAGCUACAGCUUGGUUAUCACCAUGAUGAUCUCCUUCAAUGAGAAAAAAGAACCCUUCCGCCAGCUGGCUGUCUACAGCUCCAGCGCCCUCUACAGGGAGGAGAUGAGUCGAGCUUUGGAGAAGGCCCACAGCCCCUGCUUCAACCUGUCUCCAAUUUGCAGCCCUUGUGCCCAAGUCAAGGCCUAUCUCCAGGGCAACACACUGGCCUCACGCAAAACAAUGAUGCCUAUCAUCACAGACUGUCUGAAAGACUGGGGGAGGAGAGCAGUGCAUGGUGGUAUCCCAGAGGACCGGUUCAGCUCCUCCUGUGGUCCUGUCAUGGACGAUGACUCCCGGCCCCAGCACCACACAGCCUCCCAGCAUUGCCGGCGUGCUGCAGAGGACUCUGGGAUGGAGGACUCCCUUGUGCCUCCGACCCCCAUGAACAGCCUGGUGGAGGGUUGCCCUCUGGACGGGGGCCUCCCCCGGGUGAGCGCUGAGGCUGUCCUGCAGAGGUUCAGAGAGGUCACUGCUGAGCUGUGUUCUGAGGAGAGGCCACGCGGGCAGCGAUCGGGGGAGAGCUAG